AUUCGUGGAAAUUACGCACGGGUGUUGUUUUUCCGUAGCUCAAUAGUACUAUUUGUUUAUUUUUUUCGGUUCUCACAUAAAUGCAGCACAUAUUGCAAUUGCAAUUAAAUAUUAAUUAGUGUAAAUUGUGUUCAAUUUUGAUAUGCAUAUGGCAAAUGCAAUUUAUUAGAUUUUAAGAUGGAUAUCGUCCAGAUGCAAUCAGCAGCAGCGCAGCGCAGCAGCAGUUACAUUGGCAGCAGCAGCAGCAGCAACAACAACAAUAAGAAUAAGUACAGCGACCAAAAAGGCUGACUGACUGACUGACUACACCCAAAAAGAAAAGAAUUGAUGAAAAAAGUAAAAGAAGUAAAGAGGAAACAAUUGCAGGCGCGACAGGAAAAAUGAAGUAAAAGCUACGGCACUUCCAGUUGCAGUUGUAUUGGAGUACAUAUUAAGCAACACACACAUAUUGAAAACCUACAUACAUACAUACAAAGCAAACGUAGAAACGCAGCACACACAAACAAAAGACAUUUGCAUGCAUGUGUGUGUGGGUGUAGCAGCAGCAGCACAAGCAGCGCAGCAGCAACAGCAGCAGCCCAUAGCUCCAGCCGCUAAAGUUCGUGUUCGGCAGUCGUCGUUCGUCGUCUGGUCGUUCGUUAGUUCGUUUGUUUCGCACGCUCGCAUUGAAUCGUCGUCGCUGUCGUGUGUCGUCGUCGUCGUCGUCGCCGCUGUUGUUGUUGUCGUUCUUGUUGGAGUAACAGCAGCAUUCGCCUACGCAGCGCGCAGGCUAAAGGAAGCGGGUUUAUAAGACAUGCAUGGGCAUGCACAAAAAAAAAGUACGUCGACAACGAGAGACGUCAAAACACGAAAUGCGAGAAAUGCAAAUUUAACACAAAUUGAAAGAAAUACUACAAAAGUGCAACGCGACAUCACAAUUCUCUCCCCCCACUCCAUUUGAAAUUCAAAACGCAGUCGCAAAAUUUAUGCCAAAAACUUUUUGUAUUGUUUUAUUUUUUUUUGUGUUGUCUACAACGCAACUGAUCAAAAGUGUGCGAGCGGGAGAGGCAGCAGGAACAGCACAGCACAGGAAAAGAGAGUGACAGAGAAAGAGAGCAAGGAGAGAGCGAAGAGAGAGCAGCGAAUCAGAUCACGUCCAUUUUAGCUACAGAGUUGCAGUUCCUUUGUUGUUGGAUUUCGUUAUAAUACCUCCCAAUUGCUCCUCGUAAUAUGGAUUGUGGUGCUCUUGCCGCGCAGCAGCAGCAACAACAACAACUAUUACAACAACAUCAGCAGCUACUACAACAGCAGCAGCAACUCCAGCACUCCCGACAACAAAAGCAACAACAUACGCUCAAUUGCCUUGAGGAAACAGCAACAACAAAUAUUAGCCAGCUAGCCAGCCAGGGGAUCAUCGUUGGCGGCGCUGCCAGCGAAGGAUCGGAGACGACAGCAGGAGUCGGAGCAGGAGCAGGAGCUGGUGGCAGUCCACAGCACAAGUUGCUGGGCAUUGGGGAGCCAAGUUUAAGCGGCGCUGGCGCCGUCAAACUGCGCAAGCACAACGACCAACGGCAGACGUCGUCAACGUCAACGACAACAACAACAUCGACGACAGACGUUGCCGUUGGGGCCAAAUCGCACGCCUCCUAUCGCAUCUCCAUGGCCAAUCUGGAGGAUACACAAGAGUCCGAACUGGAUCUGAUACUCGGCGAGCUGAGCUUGCUCGAGGCACAGAUCACCUAUGGCGAGGCCAGUUUUCUGCCCGGCGUUGUGGCAGCCGCCGCAGCCGCUGCAGCUUCAGCUAAUCAACAGUCUGGGGGUCCUCCUCCGCCACCGGCAUUGGCAUCCGUCUCGGUGUCGGCGGCAUCGUCGCGCACACAUUCACGCACAAACAGCAGCAUCUCGGCGGAUGUGAGCACUGCAUCGUCAUCGUCGGGCAUCUCUGAGAAUGGCGUCAACGGAAUGGCAAUGGGGCACAGCAAUGUUGUUGUCGGCAUCACCGGAAUGCCCGGCAUGGGCAUGGGAACAGCAGCUGUUGCUCCUCCCACUGGUGGCCACAACAUGACCAUGGGCAUCACGCUGGGCGUGGUGACGCCACGCGAACCCCGCACUGAAUCCCCCGACAAUGAUUCGGCCUUCAGCGAUACGGUCUCGCUGCUGUCCAGUGAAUCCUCCGCCUCGUCCAACACCUCCACCCAGCAACAGCAGCAACAGCAACAGUUGCAGCUGCAACAGAAGCUCCUACAGCAGCAGCAACAUCAUCAUCAGACUGUCACAGCUGGGGGCAACGUUGGCAUCUCCAAGGCAGCCAAAAUCCAGCUGGCGCUGCACAAGCUGGAGAGCGCCUCGAUUCGACGACUGUUUGUCAAAGCGUUCACAGCGGAUGGCGCCUCCAAGUCGCUGCUCGUGGAUGAACGCAUGGUCUGUGGCCAUGUCACACGACUGUUGGCCGACAAGAAUCAUGUGCAAAUGCAGCCAACGUGGGCGCUCAUCGAGCAUCUGGGCGAUCUGCAAAUGGAACGUCUCUUUGAGGACCACGAGUUGCUGGUGGACAAUCUGAUGACCUGGAACUCGGAUGCCGGCAAUCGUGUGCUCUUCCAGCAGCGUCCGGACAAACUCUCGCUCUUCGCCAAGCCUGAAUUGUAUUUGCCGGGACCGCAGAUGGCACCGGGAUGUCAGCAUGACGAUCAGACGCGAUACAUGCUGCUGGAGGAGUUCUUUGAGACGCACGCUCAGCUGCAGCUCGAGGGACCGCUGUACAUGAAGGCGGAUCCCAAAAAGGGCUGGAAGCGACAUCAUUUCGUGUUGCGUUCGUCGGGUCUGUACUAUUUCCCCAAGGAGAAGACGAAGAACACACGGGAUCUGUUGUGCCUGACGCUGUUCAGUGGCCACAAUGUGUACACGGGCAUCGGGUGGCGCAAGAAAUGGAAAUCACCAACGGAUCACACAUUUGGCUUCAAGUCUGCGAUGGAUUCGUCGCUGGGCAAAUCGUGUCGCUCCCUCAAGAUGCUUUGCGCUGAGGAUGCGGCCACGUUGGAGCGUUGGCUGACGGCCAUACGCAUCUGCAAGUAUGGCAAACAGUUGUGGCACAAUCACAAGCUGCUCAUGGAAGAGCUGACUGCCGGCGGCGGAGGAGGAGGAGGAGGUGGAGUGGGAGCAACUAGUGGAGGUAUUAGUGGAGGAAUAGCUGGCAGCUUUGCAGCCUCAAUGCGCAGCGAAUCGAUUAGCAGCAUUUCGUCGGCGGUGCCAUCGCAAUGCGGCAGCGUCUCCUCGGCCAUCAGCAGCAUGUCCAACUCGAGCGGACGCAUCUCGCGUGCCUCCAGCUCCAGUUCAAGCGGCUGUCUGUCGGAUGAGAACAACGCCUUCGAUUCGGAGUUCACCACGGGCACGAUUAAGCGCAAACCUUCGAUGAAACCCAAUCUGCCGCUGACCACGAUGACGCGUCAGCUCAAGGAGGUGGGUGAAAUCACCACCGGACCCGUGGCUUCCUCCGCGGCAGCUUCUGCUGUGGACUCAGCUGCAUCGCCCGAGCGCAGUGGAACGCUGACACGUCGUCACAGUCGUCGCAAGUCGCAGGAGAGCAACGGCAGCAGCGGGGGCACCUUAAAGCGACGUCCCGUUGUCAUUGUGCCCGCCGUGGUCAAGCGCGAAGUGUCCGCCAGCGACAAUGGCAGUCAAAGUGGAGGAGGCAACGGCGGCGGCGGCGGCAAUUCAUCCUCGUCGAGCAACUCGACGCCAACGCCUACGCCGAGCAUUUGUGCCAAACCGCCGCCGGGUUUGACGGACGUCGAGUUGAUGUGCUCGUCGACGUUGUCGCUGGACUCGCUGCCACCGCCGCCGCCAGCGUUGCACGCCGACGAACAAGAUGUGUACGGAUCACAGUUGUCGCUGGCCUCGUUGCCACCGCCGCCGCCACCUGAAGAUGUUUUGGCCUAUGGCGAACAGCCGAGUACGCCGCUAACGCCUACACCCAUGUCCAUGGGCAUGGCCAUGGGGCAUGGAGCACAUCCCUUGAGCAUGGCCAACAGCAAUGGCACCCUGCCGCCCGCUGUACCCGCCAAGCCCAUCAAGCCGGCCGUGAAGCAAACGCUCAAAGCGGCGCCGCCAUACAAAGCGCCACCCGAUUACGUGGGACCAGCAGCAACUGUCGGAGGAGCAGGAGCAACAGUUGGCACUCCGACUGCAACCACACAGCACCAACAACAACAGCACCAACAACAGCAGUUGCCACCGCCACCGGCGCCGGUGCAGAAGAAAGUCUCGUUUGCCGAUUCGCCGGUGCUGCUGCGUCGCAAGAUGUGCUCACCGGAACCGCAGCUGCCGCAGCGUUCACCGAGCACCACGCUCAGCUCUGGGUCGAGCAGCUGCAGCUACCAUCAGCCGCAGCCGAUCUAUUCACCCGGUCCGCUGUUGCCACCGCGCAGCGAUCUCUCACGUCUGUCCAAUGGCAGCGAUGUAAUGUCGGCCACCACAUCGCCGAAGCGUUUGCAGGAAUCGGCAUCGAAUCCGCCGCGUGACUUCCUCAAGGAUCUGCAGCGUGUGAUGCGCAAGAAGUGGCAGGUGGCGCAGAAAUGCAAACUGGAGCCGGCGACAACGCCGCACGAGGUGCUCGGCUUUCGGGAUUUCAACAAUGAUGAUCUACUCGCCGCCCACAAUCUCAACUCGGGAGCAAACUCCUCCCACUAUUAUCGCGAGACGGCGAAUGUCUCGCAUUGGGUGCAAGAGCACUGCGAGUAUGCGCACAACGAUUAUGCGCUCUACGAGAAUGUCCAUGCCCAGAAUGGCAAUGGAAACGGUGCCACUGCUGUUGGAGGAGUUGCUAUGACAACAACAACAACCACAGAUGGACCACCGCCAGUGCCACCGCCAGCUGCAGUGGCUGAUGCAACGGCAGCGUUACGCAAAAAGCGUCCACCGCCGCCGCCACCAAAACGCAGCGAUUCAACGCAUCUGACGCAUCGUGUUUAGGAUUGAGAUGAACAACCACUUGUGGUCAGCACUUCUCUCCCUCGAACUGGAUCUCUACUUUCAAAUGGAUCCACACACACACACACAAAACGAACUUAGAAAAGAAAACUGCCGGAUAUGGGAAAGGAAUAAGGAAUAAGGAUUAAGGAACACACAACAUCUCCGUCUGCAUCCAUUUGCUUCCUCAGCAUUCGACGGCAUCUAAAAUUUCUACGCGUCUUUAAACUUAAGUGCAAAAAAUAAAACAACAAACAAAACCGAAACCGAAAAAACAAACAAAAAUUCCUAUCGAAGAGCAAAAAAACAAACCCUAAAGUUUAGAUUGUAAGGCAUAGGCGUGGCCACGCCCACUUCUCAAGUAUUAUAUCAAUCAGUUCAGUUUAUUAGUGGUUUUAUUUCUAUUUCUUUUUAUACAUACGCUCUUGUUUUAAUCCUUUAUGUAAGCGGCAAAUGUGCAUUUCUCACAUGUUAUGCAACUCGAAGUUUAGUUACUAAACAAUUUUUUAUAUGGUGCGCUAAAUUAUUAUACAUAUAUUUUAAUGUGAAUCAAUUUUCAAUACUUUUAUGCAAUUUCUCGAUUUUACGAAUCGAAUGAUUGUCGUCUAUCAAUACUUUUUAUCAUACAUUUAUUUCUCGAUUUAAUUUUUUAUGUUUGCCUAGCAAUCGCAUAAUUUUAAACAAUUGUUUUGAAAUUUUAAAUUGAUGAGCUGCCACAAAAUUGUUUAAGUUUUAAGCUGAUUAUAAAUAUUUCUGUAUAUUUUCACUUUUAUCACUUUUUGUUACAUUUUGUAUUCUCGAAAUUGUUGUACAACAUUUGCCGCGCACACAAAUCAUUCGAAUACUUCGAAUACAUUUUAACAUGCAAUUACAAAAUUUAAAUAAAUUAAGCCACAUUUUAGACUAAGAUCGAGCCACAAUGUUUUUUGUUUAUUUUGUAUUAUAUAAAUAUAUAUAUAUAUAUACAUAUAUAUGAACAUCUAUCCAUAUAAAUACAUAAAUACAAUUCAUUAGAAUUUUGUCUAAUUUGCAAAUUAUAAAACAUUUUUUUUUUUGGUUUUUUUUUUUGUAUUGUAGUUAACAAUUUAUUUUUUUUUUUUUAUGAAUGUGGCGCAUUUAAUGCGCUGAGCGAGAAAUGAGAAAAACUACGUUGCAAGCAAGCCUUAUACGACUAUUAAUCAAUUAAUGCAUUAAAUAAUAAUAAUAACAACAACUAUAAUUAAGUCAAUAUACAACUAUGUAAAGUAAGCGCAUAUAUACGUAUAUAUAUAAAUUUAGAUUCGUAAGUCAUCAAAAAACACACACACACACACAUACUUAGAGAAUGUCAUUAAAUUUGCUUUCGCUUUGAAUAAUACGCUGCCUUUAUGUUUUGGAAUUGUAAUUGUAAUUGUACUUACUGCAUAUCAAAUCAAAUACAGAUACAGAUAUUGCAGCCAGAUAACUACGUUUAGAAUAUCAAUAUAGUUGUGCAUAUAUAUCUAUAUAUAUAUAUAUAUAGAGAGAGAUUUCUAAGUACUAUUUGCAAUGCUAAAUGGAAUUUUUGUUGUCUUUCUUUUGUUUUAUUUUUCGUUUUUUUUGUAUCGCUUUGCAGGCGUUCCUAAUGAUUCUAUCUGAAUCUGAACAAUCAGCUUAAAUAGAUAGAUCAGAUAUAGAUGAAAAGAAAACACACACACACACAAUACGAAACAGAGCCAAAAUCAAUUGCUAUCAUUGUAAACUUUAAAUCAUAAUGCAUAAUUGUAAACACGUAACUCAAUUGCCAUGUUUAGUUUCACAUUUUGUUGUAUAAUUUUAACAUAAAACAAAUCGAAUCAGAGCAAAGCGAACAAUAUAGAAAAGUGUGACAGCAAUUAAUCGAAAGAUGACAUCUAAUAGAUUACAAUUUGCUAUAUAGAUACUACUGAGUUUAUUACGAUAAAUGCAUUGGAAGUGCUGCCUGAUAAAAAAAAAAAAACAAAAAAACAAAACUUAAACUUGAGUAUCUAUAGUAAGAGCAAUAUCAACUUUUAUACAUAUAAUUCGAUACUAUACUCGGCGUUAAUCCCUAAGGGAUUUUUAAAGAAACAAGUACUUUGACAUUGUCUGAUUUGUUGGCAACUAUAAAUUGUAUAUCAAAUGAAAGCAAUUGCAUCAAAUUCCAGCCACACACAACUCAUGUAAAAGAUAGAUCUAAUCUAUAGAAAUUAAAUAUGUAUCUCAAGGCAUUUCCUGAUAUGAACUUGAUUAAUUGUGUAUCUAUGCAAAAUGAUUUCUCUGUUUUAUUUGCUCCGAUUCGAUUUGUUUGCUAUAUGGUAUAAUAAAAAUAAAAGUAAUAUAUCCAAUAUACAUUAUAUAUAAUAAAUGCUAUUUAUGAUCAUCUUUUGAGUUUAUUUUUGUACUUCUUGUUUUGUUUGUCAUUUGUCAUUUGUCAUUCAUUCAUCAUUACAAACUAAAAGUAAGUGUAAUGUGUAAUGUGGGUAUGCAUAAAAUAACUAAAUGAAAAAUGCCAAUUUUAAAGCUUGCAUAAAACAUUAUUGAAUUUAUUAUAUAAAUAUAUGAAGCUAUUUUUUAGAUACUAUUAUUAUAAUUAUUACAAUUAUAUAGUAAACAGUAAACGGAUGAGAAAAACAAUAUAAAUAAAUAAUAUAAACGCUAUGCUUGAGAAAAAUUUAAAAAACAAAAACAAAAUGUGCCAUAGGCGCCAGCGUGACAAACAAAUUAAAAACAAAAAUUCAAGUGAAAGUAAGAAAAAAAAAAUAAAAAAAUGAAUGGUUACAUUUUGCGAGAAUGCUAAAUCAAUGUACUAAAAAAAUAAAUAUAUAAAUACUAGAAUAAGUUGUACUAAAUGAAUCAAAAAAACGGCAACAAACAUUUUUAUAGCAUAAAUCUGAGAACGUAACUAAAAACAGAAAACACAAAUUUCAAAUACUUUAAGUAUGUGCUUACUAAAUGGUUUUUAUGGAAAACAGAAACUUAUACAAAAUACAAAACAUACAGAAUGGUAUAAACGAAACUUUUUCAAAUUACAAUCUCAAUAUUAGAUGUUGAAUUAGUUUCCAAAUUUUUUAAAUAGUUUUUUUUCGUUGGAACUGAGUUGAAUAUCUCAAACAGCUUUUACCUAGGGAUUGUAUUGAUAUUACCAAUAUAUCAUCCAACUGCUCUUUAACACAUAUUUGCGAAUCUCAAAUCAAAACUAUUUAAUCACACUACAAGGGUAUUAAAUCUUUGUCUUUUUGUUUUACGCUUUUUUGUACCAAAAUGGAAUUUUUGAUAGUAUUGACAACCUCAAAUGGAAAUCAAACAAAAUGCAAUAUACAGCAAAUCCUAAAUGAAAUAAGGUCAAAAUAAUAUAUAAAAAGAUAAUCGAUUCUAAAACAAAAAAUGCAGCCACAUACAACAAAGAAGAGACUUCAAACAAAACUUAAAAUAAAUAAAUACAAAAAUAAACAACAUCAUUACUAAUAUCUAAAAACUAAGAAAAAAUAUUAUAUAAAUAUGUAUGCUAUAACUACAAAUUUACAAAAAACAACAAUAACAAGAUGAAGAACAAAAACAACUACAACUACUAAAACUAAUUAAACGUAAAUGAGAAAGAAAAAUGGAAAAGAAAAGGAAAAGAAAAAGAAA